CCCGGGCGCAGCGCGCAGGCGGUGGCGAAGAGACGCCGAGCGGGCCGAGUGCGGCCGAGCAAAGCCGGAGCCGGAGCGGGGCCGCAGGAGCCGGGCUGGGUCCGGCCGGGCCGAGAUGCCGUAUAAACUGAAGAAGGAGAAGGAGACCCCCAAGCUUGCCAAAGGCACGGCCAAGCCCAGCAGCUCGGGCAAGGAUGGUGGAGGCGAGAGCGCCGAGGAGGCCCAGCCCCAGCCGCAGCCCCAGGCGCAGCCGCAGCCCCAGCCCCAGCCCCCCUCAUCCAACAAGCGUCCCAGCAACAGCACGCCACCCCCAACGCAGCUCAGCAAAAUCAAGUACUCCGGAGGGCCCCAGAUUGUCAAGAAGGAGCGACGGCAAAGCUCCUCCCGCUUCAAUCUCAGCAAGAACCGGGAGUUGCAGAAGCUUCCUGCCCUGAAAGAUUCGCCAACCCAGGAGCGGGAGGAGCUUUUUAUCCAGAAGCUGCGCCAGUGCUGUGUCCUCUUUGACUUUGUAUCAGAUCCACUCAGUGACCUCAAAUUCAAGGAGGUGAAGCGGGCAGGACUCAACGAAAUGGUGGAGUACAUCACCCAUAGUCGUGAUGUUGUCACUGAGGCCAUUUACCCCGAGGCUGUCACCAUGUUUUCAGUGAACCUCUUCCGGACGCUGCCACCUUCAUCGAACCCCACUGGGGCCGAGUUUGACCCAGAAGAGGAUGAGCCCACCCUGGAGGCUGCCUGGCCACAUCUCCAGCUCGUGUACGAGUUUUUCUUACGUUUCCUCGAGUCUCCUGAUUUCCAGCCAAACGUAGCCAAGAAGUAUAUCGACCAGAAGUUUGUCCUUGCUCUCCUGGACCUGUUUGACAGUGAGGAUCCUCGAGAGCGGGACUUCCUCAAGACCAUCUUGCACCGCAUCUAUGGCAAGUUUUUGGGGCUCCGGGCUUAUAUCCGUAGGCAGAUCAACCACAUCUUCUACAGAUUCAUCUAUGAGACGGAACAUCACAACGGGAUCGCUGAACUCUUGGAGAUCCUCGGCAGCAUCAUCAACGGCUUUGCCUUGCCCCUUAAGGAAGAGCACAAGAUGUUCCUCAUCCGUGUCCUGCUUCCCCUUCACAAGGUCAAGUCCCUGAGUGUCUACCACCCUCAGCUGGCUUACUGUGUGGUACAGUUCCUGGAGAAGGAGAGCAGUCUCACAGAGCCGGUGAUUGUAGGACUUCUCAAGUUCUGGCCCAAAACCCACAGCCCCAAGGAGGUCAUGUUCCUGAACGAGCUAGAGGAGAUUUUAGACGUCAUCGAACCUUCAGAGUUCAGCAAAGUGAUGGAACCACUCUUCCGCCAGCUUGCCAAGUGUGUCUCCAGCCCCCAUUUCCAGGUGGCAGAGCGUGCUCUCUAUUACUGGAACAAUGAGUACAUCAUGAGCCUGAUAAGUGACAAUGCCGCCCGAGUCCUCCCCAUCAUGUUCCCUGCGCUCUACAGGAACUCCAAGAGCCACUGGAACAAGACAAUCCAUGGCCUGAUCUACAACGCCCUGAAACUGUUUAUGGAGAUGAAUCAGAAGCUGUUUGAUGACUGCACACAACAGUACAAGGCAGAGAAACAGAAGGGCCGGUUCCGAAUGAAGGAAAGAGAAGAGAUGUGGCAAAAGAUCGAGGAACUGGCCCGACUUAAUCCCCAGUACCCCAUGUUCAGAGCUCCUCCACCACUGCCUCCCGUGUACUCGAUGGAGACAGAGACGCCCACAGCAGAGGACAUCCAGCUUCUGAAGAGGACAGUGGAAACAGAGGCAGUGCAGAUGCUAAAGGACAUCAAGAAGGAGAAGGUACUGCUUCGGCGGAAGUCCGAGCUGCCCCAGGACGUGUAUACCAUCAAGGCGCUGGAGGCACACAAGAGGGCGGAAGAAUUCCUAACUGCCAGUCAGGAGGCUCUCUGACCCCCUCACCGUCCUACCACAGGGCCACAGCCCACUCAGCCCUGGGACGCUGCCCUAGCCCUCCACCCUCUGCUCCCCACUGGCUGACCUGGGGCAAGGCAGUGCCUCUCUAGCCACUCUAGGGAAGGGAUGCGGCACUUGAAGCAGGGACCCCCCUCCCCAGAGUGGUCCCUCUUCUCCCCAAAAUGUGUUCAUGCCUCCCUGUGGCUAGUACAGACAGGCUGAGCACUGAGAUCCUCAGUGCCCAGACAACUUGGGGAUGCCUGUCCCCCUCCUGCUCCUAACCCCACAGCUACCUGAGGCUGCUCUGAGAAAUACACACAGGAAUACGUAUGCUCCUC